AUGGUAACAAUACGAACACAACCAACUGGAGAUGUUUGGGCAUUUGAAAAUGAAUGGAGUAAUGGAAUAUGUGGUUGUUGUACCGAUCUUGGAACUUGUUGUUUUGCUUAUUGGUGUUGUCCAUGUUUUAUGUGUAAAUUACAUGCACGAACUAAUGAAUGUUUAUGUACUGGAUGUUUACCGGGAGCAAAUACGGGAUUGAGAACGAAAAUUCGAACAGGUUUUCGAAUUCGGGGAGCAGUAUGUGGUGACACAUGUGCAAUGUGUUUUUGUCCAUGUUGUUCUAUUAUACAAAUGUAUAAUGAACUAGAAUUUCAAGGACUAUGA